AUGGACAUAGGUGCCCCUGUGCCCUGGCAGCCCAAGCUGCCGUUUGCAAAGCUUGAAUUUCAACGGCCGUGGACUUCACGACGAACUGCACAGCCACUGCCCAGCCGGGGCAGCCAGGGCAGCCAGGGCAGCCGGGAGGCUUUCAAGACUUUAAAGGUCAAGUCCGCCGCGAAGGCCUUCAAAGCCUUUGGCUUCAGCCUCGCUGGCUUGGCCUGGGGUCAGGCUGGACGAAAGCAGCGGAAGCAGCGGGUUGGUUUGAGGGCCCAGCCUGUUGAGACUGACGUGGUUGUGAUUGGCAGCGGCCUAGCUGGUCUCACUUGUGCUGGUGUGCUGGCGGCUGCCGGGAAGUCAGUCACGGUCUUGGAGUCGCACUACGUGCCUGGCGGUGCUGCUCAUACCUUUCGAGCGCGUGCCAAAGGAAUCAAGGGGGACUUCUGCUUUGAUUCGGGCCCUUCACUGUAUGGAGGUCUGAGUGGUGAAAGAACUUCAUCGCCUCUGAAGCAUGUGUACCAGAUCCUAGGCGAAGAGCCAGAGUGGAUCACCUAUGACAGGUGGAACGCAUUCAUCCCAGAGGGUGAGGCAAAUGCUGCCAUUGGCUAUGAGGAAUUUGUCAGCAAAUUGCUCCCCAGAUUUGGCGGACCAGACGCUGCUGAACAGUGGGAGCGGCUCAUGAAACGAAUCAUCCCCAUGGCAGAUGCCAUUUGCAACGGACCCCCGCCAUCGUUUGUGCGGGAGGAUAUCGGUGUGGCUGCGACAUUUGCUCGAUACUUCACGAAGCUGAAGAGCAUCCCCGGUGGUCCGCAGAAGUUGUCAGAACCGUUCAGCACAUUCUUGGAAGAUGCAGAGGUCACUGAUCCUUUCAUCAAGAACUGGAUGGACAUGUUUGCCUUCCUCCUUCAGGGCUUGCCAUCCUAUGGAGCCCCGACAAGUAUGAUGGCCUACAUGAUGGGAGAUAUGUACAAAAAGAACACAUGCUUGGAUUUCCCCAAGGGAGGUAAUGAAGCCCUGGUGGGAGCUUUGGUGCGAGGCAUUGAGAAGCACGCAGGCAAAGUCCUGUUGAAGGCUCACGUGGAAGAAGUCCUCGUAGAGGGCGGUCGUGCUGCUGGAGUUCGUUUGAAAGAUGGAAGCACCAUUCGAGCACACACUGUGGUGAGCAACACAGAUUGGCAGAUCACCAAAAGUUUGAUCAAGCAAAACUCUGCCCCGGAGCUCGAAGACUAUUUGAGUACCACGUGGAAGGAUUACAAGCUCUUGAAGUCCUUUAUUCACUUGCACCUUGGCUUUCGUGGCGACGGCCUCCCACCCCAGCACUGUGAAGCGUUCCCGGCGCAAUGGGGUGUUUUCAAUAGCUGGGAUGACUUGGAAGCACCGCGCAAUGCCGUGCUCGUCAGCUGUCCAUCAAUGCUGGAUCCAGACCUGGCGCCUCCGGGGCAUCAUGUCAUACAUGCCUACACUCCAGCGACUGAGCCAUGGGAGGACUGGGCAGACUUGGAUGAGUCCAGUGAGGCAUACAAGAAGAAGAAGGAGGAAGCAAGAGCAUUCCUCUAUGCUGCUGUGGCCAAACAGAUCCCGGAUCUAGAAGAGCGUGUUGUGCUGGAGCUUGUCGGCACUCCCCGCACGCAUCGACGAUUCCUGCGCAAGCCAGCUGGAACAUACGGACUGCGUGUGCAAGCGCCAGAGAUGCUGCCUGGGCAUAAGACUCCACUCGAAGGUUUCCACAUGUGCGGAGACAGCACAGCUCCUGGCAUUGGUGUGCCAGCUGUGGUUAUGAGCGGCCAUAUAUGUGCCAACAACAUCCUUUCUGUACCCGAGCAUUGGGGAAUUCUCGACAAAAUCAAAGAUUGGAAUACAGAAUUGGAAAUCUGA